GAAGGUAUUGCAUCUCUUUGAGCCUGUUUCUUCACGUAAAAAUGGAGUGACCACGAACCCAUGAGAGCUUUGUGAAGAUGAAGUGAGACGACGUCGCCUGCCCCACAGCCCUAUGGUGGAAAGGGUAGUGAUGCAUUCGGGAAAGGGGAAGCCUCCCGCGGCUCCCUCUUCUGUUUUCUGACCGGUUUCCAGGAGGUCCGCCGCAUCAGGCCCGCUUUACCGAAAGAGAAACUGAGGCCCAGAAAGGCAACAGGACAGCCCAGGGUGCUGCAGGCUGGGGCUAGAGCGCCGGGCCUGCGUCCAGCGCUUCGCCUGCCCCUCCGAGCACCAGGCCCAGCGCUGCAGCAGGCAUCAUGGCCAUGGACGUGGCAGAAUACCACCUGAGCGUCAUCAAGAGCCCUCCUGGCUGGGAGGUGGGUGUCUACACGGCGGGGGCCCUGGCGCUGCUGGGAAUUGCAGCUGUGAGCCUGUGGAAGCUCUGGACUUCAGGGAGCUUCCCCAGCCCCUCCCCGUUCCCAAACUACGACUAUCGGUACCUUCAGCAGAAGUACGGCGAGACCUGCGCGGAGGCUCCGCAGAAGAGAGCGCCUGCCUGGGCCGGCCAGCGGGCCAGCACUCGGGGGCCGCCCAGUCGCAAAGGCAGCCUCAGCAUUGAGGACACCUUCGAGAGCAUCAGCGAGCUGGGGCCCCUGGAGCUGAUGGGCCGGGAGCUGGACCUGGCCCCCUACGGGACCCUCCGCAAGUCCCAGUCGGCUGACUCCCUGAACUCCAUCUCCUCGGUGAGCAACACCUUCGGGCAGGACUUCACGCUGGGCCAGGUGGAAGUGAGCAUGGACUACGACGCCGCCUCCCACACCCUCCACGUGGCCGUGCUGCAGGGCAAGGACCUCCUGGAGCGCGAGGAAGCCAGUUUCGAGUCCUGCUUCAUGCGCGUCAGCCUGCUGCCCGAUGAGCAGAUCGUGGGCAUUUCCCGGAUCCAGAGGAAUGCCUACUCCAUCUUCUUCGAUGAGAAGUUCUCCAUCCCCCUGGACCCCGCAGCCCUGGAGGAGAAGAGCCUGCGCUUUUCCGUGUUUGGCAUUGACGGGGACGAACGCAACGUCAGCACGGGGGUGGUGGAGCUGAAGCUGUCCGUCCUCGACCUCCCGCUGCAGCCCUUCAGCGGCUGGCUCUACCUGCAGGACCAGAACAAGGCUGCCGACGCUGUGGGCGAGAUCUUGCUGUCUCUCAGCUACCUCCCCACGGCCGAGCGCCUCACCGUGGUGGUGGUGAAGGCCAAGAAUCUCAUCUGGACCAACGACAAGACCACAGCGGACCCCUUUGUCAAAGUGUACCUGCUUCAGGACGGGAGGAAGAUGAGCAAGAAGAAGACGGCCGUGAAGAGGGACGACCCAAACCCAGUGUUCAACGAAGCCAUGAUCUUCUCGGUGCCCGCCAUCGUGCUCCAGGACCUGUCUCUCCGUGUGACGGUGGCUGAGAGCAGCAGUGAUGGCCGAGGGGACAACGUGGGCCAUGUCAUCAUCGGGCCGUCAGCCAGUGGCAUGGGCACCACGCACUGGAACCAGAUGCUGGCCACGCUGCGCAGGCCCGUGUCCAUGUGGCACCCCGUUCGGCGAAACUAGCAGCCGGCAAACGGGCCAAGGUGGGCACUGAGCUGCCUGGGGCCCGGCGCGAGCUCCGCUCUGAUGCCCCUCCGGAGUCCAGCGGGAGCCGUAAAUGCUGGGGUCUCCCACUGGAGCCCCCGUGAGACGUCUUGGUCCAUCUGUCCAGACUGCAAUAGAGGAGCGGGCCUGGCCGGGUGUCUAGCGACCCAGGAUUUUCUUCC